CAUAAACACAACCCCAACCAAACCAAAACCAAACCAAUCCCCAACUCUCUCUUCCCAGUAAAACGACACACAUUUCCCCAAUACGACACCGUUUCACCCCCGUCGUCUCACCGUCACCGGAUCUGAGUUUUCCGACGGGCAUUUUCAUUCUCCGAUGAGAAUGCCCGAACGAUGAGCAAAUUUUGCAACCUAAACGACGACGUAUUCAACAACAACAACAACGAUAGCACCAACAACGACUGUUUUUACGAGUCACUCGAUCGGAUACUUUCGUCAACCACAUGUUCGUCUUCUUCGUGUUCGGAUGAUGACGUUGACAGUGACGUGUGCGUGACGGAUCUGAAUUUCAGUAGGAAUGGUUCGGUAUCGGUCCCUAGGGUUCCGAUGGGGGACUAUGACGUCUGGAUCUCGCAACCGUCGUCGGUGGAGGAGCGGCGCCUGCGGUUGCUCCGCCGGAUGGGACUCGCCGGUGAGAAACACGUGGAUUCGUCUUCUGCCGACUUAAAAUUGGGUAAAUCUAUCUCAGCAGAUCAUUUAGAUGUUGUUCAUGUUAAUCGUGUUCAUAAUAUUGAUAAUGUUGAUCCUGUUAGUGCUUGUAAACCUGUGAUUGUUCGAUCUAAAUCUGCUGAUCAUGAACGCCGUGAGUCUGUUUGUGUUCCUGAUUGUGAUGAUGUUAAACCUAAACCUAAUUGUGAUGGUAAUUCGAUAUGUUCGGCGUCGGUAAGUGUAAAUAAUAAUAGCGGUGAUAAACGUGUGCUAGCGAAAUCGCGGAGUUCACAAAGUACCGGUAAUGGAUCGCCUAGUAAGCCUCCGACUGGUAGAACCGUUAGGCGGAGUGAUGAGAUUGUUGCGAAUGUGAGUGUUGAUGAUGAUGAUGAUGAUAAUAAUGAUGAUGACGGUGAUGAUGAUGUUGAUGAGGAUGCGGUGUGUACGAUUAAGAAUUUGGAUAACGGAAAGGAGUUUGUGGUGAAGGAGGUUAGGGAGGACGGAAUGUGUGGGAAUUUGAAGGAGGUUGGUACCGGGAAGCAAUUGACGAUGGAAGAGUUUGAAAUGUGUGUUGGGCACUCGCCGAUUGUUCAAGAGUUGAUGAGACGGCAUAAUUUCGAAACUGGUGGCGUUGAGUUACCUGAUGUUGGUGGUAACAACAGUGGUGGCAGUGGAUCUAAAUUGAAAAAGAAAGGGAGCUGGUUGAAAAGCAUCAAGAACGUAGCCAGUUCGGUCACGGGGCACAAAGAAAGACGAAGCAGCGAUGAACGAGACACGUCGUCGGAGAAAGGUGGGAGACGGUCCAGCUCAGCGACGGAUGAUAGUCAAGAUGGGUCAUUCCAUGGUCCAGAAAGGGUACGGGUUCGACAAUACGGGAAAUCUUGUAAAGAUCUGUCGGCUUUGUUUAAGAGUCAAGAGAUUCAGGCUCAUAACGGUUCGAUCUGGACCAUUAAGUUUAGUUUGGAUGGGAAGUAUCUUGCUAGUGCUGGCGAGGAUUGUCUCAUUCAUGUUUGGGAAGUUGGUAGUUCGGAACGGAAGGGUGAUCUUUUGUUUGAUAAACAAGAAGAUGGGAACUUGAAUGUGUUAUUGAUGUCAAACGGGUCGCCAGAACCAACUUCUGUAUCUACAAAUUUGGAGAAUGUGCCUGAAAGGAAACGAAGAGGACGAUUAUCCAUAAGCCGAAAAUCUAUAAGUAUGGAUCCUAUUGUAGUGCCAGAUACAGUAUUUGCACUAUCGGAAAAGCCAAUAUGUUCCUUUAAUGGUCACUCGGAAGAUGUGCUUGAUCUAUCAUGGUCGAAAUCUCAGCAUUUGCUUUCAUCCUCAAUGGACAAAACAGUACGGUUGUGGCAGUUGUCUAGCAAGUCAUGUUUAAAGAUCUUUUCUCAUAGUGAUUAUGUGACUUGCAUCCAGUUCAAUCCUGUUGAUGAUAGGUAUUUCAUCAGUGGAUCUUUAGAUUCCAAGGUUCGAAUAUGGAGUAUUCCUGAUCGACAAGUUGUUGAUUGGAAUGAUUUGCAUGAAAUGAUCACUGCUGCGUGUUAUACACCCGAUGGUCAGGCUGCACUAGUUGGUUCGUACAAGGGGAGCUGCCAUUUAUACAAUACAACUGAUAAUAGAUUGCAGCAGAAGAGUCAGAUCAACCUGCAGAAUAAGAAGAAGAAGCCACAUCAUAAGAAAAUCACAGGUUUUCAGUUUGCACCCGGAAGUAAAUCAGAAGUGCUAAUAACGUCCGCCGAUUCGCGAAUUCGUGUUGUUGAUGGUGUUGAUCUGGUCCACAAAUUCAAAGGUUUUCGCAACACAAACAGCCAAAUCUCCGCCUGCGUGUCUGCAAACGGGAGAUACGUGGUGUGUGCCAGCGAGGAUUCCAAUGUGUACGUCUGGAAACACGAAGCUGACUCACGUGCGAGCCGAAACAAAGGUGUAACCGUCACGCAAUCAUACGAGCAUUUCCACUGUCAAGACGUAUCAAUGGCUAUCCCAUGGCCUGGUAUCAGCGACACCUGUUGGGGUUUCGGGUUAACCGAUCCCGCUAGGCUAAGCGGUGACCAUGAACGAUUAGACGAGGAGGCGUCAACGGCUAACCACCCUCCAACACCAGAAGACGAAACCAACCGAAUAGACGGUUCAUUGGUUAGCAGCCCGCUUCAUGGAACCAUAUCGAGCGCAACCAACGGUUACUUUUUCGAUAGGAUAUCGGCUACAUUUCCCGAGGAAAAGCUUGUUAUGGGUAGUACUAAGAACCGGAGUCCGCGGACAAGUGUUGACUUUUCGAACGGGUUGAACGCGGGAAAGUCGGCGUGGGGUAUGGUGAUUGUGACGGCUGGAUUACGUGGGGAGAUCAGAACGUUCCAGAAUUUUGGAAUGCCGGUUCGGAUAUAAGUGGAUUUUGGAAAAUUGGAUGGUUGUACAGAUAGCUUCAAAGAUUGUAAUAUUAGCAGGAGAGUCUUGUUUUGUUUUUGUGCUACUUCUGCGUGUUCAAAUUCGGAACUGAUGAAGGAGCCAGUUCUUGAGUAGGAAAAAAAAUAGAGUUGUCAGGAAAAAUAACAAAAGAAAAAAAGAAAAAAAAAAGUGAAGAGAAUACGUUUAAGCGAUGAUGAAUUGUAGAGACUUGGAGAUAUUAAUUUGUAUUUUUAUGAUUCAUUUCUUGUGUAUUCAGUCUGUGUAUCUUCUUUUAACUUAUCUUGUGUUGGUGGAAAUGAAUGAAUUAUUGAUUGUGUAUACAA